AUGGACUCAACAUACCACAUGGCACCUACUUCGGUGCAAGGACAGCCUUCGUUUGCAUACUACCCCGACUCCACACAACAGAGACAAGGCCACUAUCAGCAAGAGAUGUACUAUGGACAGAUGCAGUAUGGUCAGGAGCAACCGCUGUACUCGCCCCAGCCCAUGAUGAACAUGCACCAGAUGGCAACCACGAAUGCCUUCCGUGGAGCAAACAUGAGCUUGACGCCCAUUGCUUCGCCCCAGCCAUCCCAAAUGAAGCCUUCCAUCAUGGUCCAGGGCUCUCCCGCCUUGAUGCCCAUCGACACUCGGUUUAUUGGUCACGACCUGUACGCUUUCCCGUCGACUCCUCCACUGUCGUCCUCGGGAAGCUCCAUCAGCAGCCCACCUUCAGCCCAUGGCGCGCUCCCAACCCCCAUUCACGACACUUUCUUCACCUUUGACAAGGUGGAAGGUGUCAAGGAGGGCUGUGAGACCGAUGUGCACCAGGAAAUCCUGGCCAACCCCGACUGGGCCCGUACCGACUCCCCACCGAUGACGCCUGUCUUCAUUCACCCCCCUUCUAUCACUCAGAAUUCCGAUUUGUUGUCUGCUACUUCUUGCCCCUCGCUUUCCCCCUCCCCCUCCCCCGUCCCGAACGAUCUGCUCGCUCCCCAGAGCCUCUCUGCUUCUUUCUGCGACCCCCGCCAGCUGACCGUGGAGCCCUCCGUCAAUGUGCCCGCUCAGGACCUCCCCCCUCUGCCAACUCUGUCGUGCGAGGAGGAGGAGCCCCGUGCUGUGGUUGGCAGUGCGUCUGUGACGCUCCCUGUCAACGAGAACCCAUCUCCCUCUUUCAGUGCUUCGACCCAAGACCCUCUGAGCUCGCUGCCCACCUUUGACAGCUUCUCCGACCUCGACUCGGAUGACGAGCUGAACCGUCUGGUGGAGUUCCACCCUGCCGCCAACGCCGUCUACCUCGGCGACAAGCGCCAGCGUACCACCUACUCGGUCGAGGAUGAUGGAUUCCUCAGCGAGCACAGCCUCGAGGACUCAGACGACUCCGAGACCUUCAUGCCCAACGGCCUCCCCUCCUUCGAGUGGAACCACGCCGCCCAGCCCCAAGCUGAAAGUGAAGAAGACUUCGAAGAGCCCAAGACCAAGAAGCGCAGCGUCCGCAAGUCUCGCAAGGCGUCCCAGGACGAGGCCCAGGCCCGCAAGCUCUCUGAGAGCAGCCACUCCGACUGCUGCUCGGACGAUGGCUCUAUUGACGCCGACUGCUCCGAGUCUGCCCCCGUCUCAGUCAACCGCCGUGGCCGUAAGCAGUCCCUGACCGACGACCCAUCAAAGACCUUCGUCUGCACUCUCUGCUCUCGUCGCUUCCGUCGCCAGGAGCACCUCAAGCGUCACUACCGCUCCCUGCACACCCAGGACAAGCCCUUUGAGUGCAACGAGUGCGGCAAGAAGUUCUCCCGCAGCGACAACCUCGCCCAGCACGCCCGCACCCACGGUGCUGGCUCGCUGGUCAUGGGUGUCUUGGACACCAGCGACACCGGCUCCAUCUCCUACGAUGAUCAACACGACGCCGGGGCCCUAGCCGAUGUCAUGUAUGACCAGGCUGCCGACGCCGGUGGCUCAUCUUCGGACCGCCGGGCGGCCAAAAAGCGCAAGCGCGACCUGGCCUAA